AUGACAACGAAAGAAAUGAUUGAAGAUCUCUGGAAAGAGGGGUCUUCGAAUCUCGGCGACGAGUAUAAAAGACUAUAUCAUGAAUUCCAAGCAGGAACCUUUCGAAAUUUCGAGUGUGCGGCCGAAUGCAAGAUUGUAUCGUUUAAGCGUGGCGAUGAAGUUCUUGUCAGGAAAACACCACCUGGACAUAUGCAGUCAGUUCCAGCUGAUAUUACUAUUCUUGUACAUGGUGGCCAGACUGGCGGAAGGGCAAAAGUGUCAUAG